AUGAGUACUGCUUCAACUCCUCCAAUUAACUUAUUCCGUAGAAAAAAGGAACAUAAACGUGGGAUCACAUAUACAAUGUUGUUAUGUGGGCCAGCAGGUACAGGAAAGACUACCUUUGCUAACAAUUUGUUGGAGACUAAGAUUUUCCCGCACAAGUAUCAAUAUGGGGAGGCGGAUGCCAGUACUAAUUCUAAUCCAGAAGUGAAAAUUAUUGCUCCUACCAAAGUUGUUUCAUUCAACUCAAAGAACGGGAUUCCGUCUCACGUAUCUGAAUUCGACCCCAUGAGAUCCAAUUUGGAACCUGGUAUCACUAUCACCUCCACUUCAUUGGAACUUGGGGGCAAAAAAGAGCAAGGAUCACCAGAAAUGAACGAAGAUGAUACUGUUUUCUUCAACUUGAUCAUGACACAUGGCAUAGGUGAGAACUUAGAUGAUUCACUAUGUUUUGAAGAGGUUAUGUCGUAUUUGGAACAACAAUUUGAUAUUGUUCUAGCCGAAGAAACAAGAAUUAAAAGAAAUCCAAGAUUUGAGGACACCAGGGUUCACGUCGCAUUGUAUUUCAUUGAACCGACAGGGCAUGGUUUGAGAGAAGUUGAUGUAGAGCUCAUGAAAAGCAUCUCCAAAUACACUAAUGUGCUGCCAAUAAUAACAAGAGCUGAUUCAUUUACCAAGGAGGAAUUAAUCCAAUUCAGGAAGAACAUCAUGUUUGAUGUGGAAAGAUAUAAUGUUCCAAUUUACAAAUUUGAGGUUGAUCCAGAGGAUGAUGAUCUAGAAUCAAUGGAAGAAAACCAGGCAUUGGCAUCCUUGCAACCAUUUGCCAUUAUAACUUCUGAGACCAGAAACAGCGAGGGAAGAUAUGUUAGAGAGUAUCCAUGGGGGGUGAUAUCUAUCGACGAUGAAAAAAUCUCAGACUUGAAAGUUUUGAAAAACGUCUUGUUCGGCUCUCAUUUACAAGAAUUCAAAGAUACGACCCAAAAUUUACUUUACGAGAACUACCGUUCCGAAAAACUGUCAUCAGUGGCUAAUACUGAAGAAAUCGGUCCUAGUUCUACGAAGAGACAAUCAAAUGCUCCAAGUCUAAGCAACUUUGCAUCUUUGAUAAGUACCGGGCAAUUCAAUUCUUCUCAAACUCUUGCAAACAAUUUGAAAGCGGAUACACCAAGAAACCAAAUAAGUGAAAACGUUAAAGAAAAUGAGUAUGAAGACAACCGCGAACAUGAUCCCGCAGAAGAUGAACAAGAAAUGUCGCCUGUGAGACAGCUGGGUAGAGAAAUCAAACAAGAAAAUGAAAGUUUAAUAAGAUUAAUCAAGUCAGAAUCGUCACCAAAAUUUUUAAAUUCUCCGGACUUACCAGAACGUACCAAAUUAAGAAACAUUUCAGAAACCGUUCCAUAUGUCUUAAGGCAUGAAAGAAUUUUAGCAAGACAACAGAAAUUGGAGGAGUUAGAGGCACAAUCAGCCAAGGAACUACAAAAGAGAAUUCAAGAACUAGAGAGGAAAGCGCAUGAGUUGAAAUUGAGAGAAAAACUAAUCAACCAGAAUAGAUUAAAUGGUUCAUCGUCCUCAAUCAAUUCUCUACAACAAAGCACAAAAAGCCAAAUUAAAAAGAAUGAUACAUUUACUGAUUUAGCAUCUAUUGUAUCUGGUAGAGAUUGA